CGCACCGCACCGCACCAUUCCCCGCCUGCGCUCCAGGAUGAGCCCGGAGUAUUUCCUGCGCUCCUUGCUGCUCAUCAUCCUCGCCACCUUCUCGGCCAACGCCAGCAACUGGCUGUACCUGGCAAAGCUGUCUUCAGUGGGAAGCAUCUCUGAGGAGGAGACCUGCGAGAAGCUGAAGGGCUUGAUCCAGCGCCAGGUGCAGAUGUGCAAGCGGAACCUGGAGGUGAUGGACUCGGUGCGGCGCGGGGCCCAGCUGGCCAUCGAGGAGUGCCAGUACCAAUUCCGCAACCGCCGCUGGAACUGCUCCACGCUGGACACCCUGCCUGUCUUUGGCAAGGUGGUAACACAAGGGACGAGGGAGGCAGCGUUUGUCUACGCCAUCUCUUCUGCAGGGGUGGCCUUCGCCGUGACCCGAGCAUGCAGCAGCGGCGAGCUGGACAAGUGUGGAUGCGACCGCACGGUGCAAGGCGGCAGCCCACAGGGCUUCCAGUGGUCCGGCUGCUCCGAUAACAUCGCCUACGGUGUGGCCUUCUCUCAGUCUUUUGUCGAUGUCCGGGAGAGGAGCAAAGGGGCAUCUUCCAACAGAGCACUGAUGAACCUCCACAACAACGAGGCGGGGCGGAAGGCGAUCCUGAACAACAUGCGGGUGGAGUGCAAGUGUCACGGCGUGUCGGGCUCGUGCGAGUUCAAGACGUGCUGGAAAGCCAUGCCUCCCUUCCGCAAAGUGGGCAACGUGCUGAAGGAGAAAUUCGACGGUGCCACCGAGGUCGAGCAGAGCGAGAUCGGCUCCACCAAAGUGCUGGUGCCGAAAAACUCCCAGUUCAAACCGCACACGGACGAGGAUCUCGUCUACCUGGACUCCAGUCCUGACUUCUGUGACCACGACCUCAAGAAUGGGGUGCUGGGCACCAGCGGCCGGCAGUGCAACAAGACCUCCAAGGCCAUCGAUGGCUGCGAGCUCAUGUGCUGCGGUCGGGGCUUCCAUACGGACGAAGUGGAGGUGGUGGAAAGGUGCAGCUGCAAAUUCCACUGGUGCUGCUCUGUCAAGUGCAAACCCUGCCAUCGGGUGGUGGAAAUCCACACGUGCCGGUGAUGCACGGAGGGGAGCAGCCAUCCCUUCCCCUCUCUAACUGAUCCUGCUUCUCUCUUGCCCUGUGGCCAGGACUGAGGAAGUGACCCAGACGCUGCAGGGAGAGCACAGCUCUAUACAGAGACAGAGCCCUGGAGGAAAACAGAUUUUAAAAGAAAGGAGCAAAAAAAUAUAUAUAUUUAAAGUUUAAAAAAGGAAAAAAAACCAACCCUCCCCCCCCUCAAAAAAAGCGGUCGUUGUUAUCUUUUAUUUUGGUCGGUUUGCUUAUUUAUUGCUGAAGCCAGAGCAGGGAUGUGCCUGACCUCGUGGAUGCAGCGGAUGCUCUACGCUGACUCUGGAGCAUUGCAAAUGGGAGAUGGUUAAACCUGAGGCUGAGUAGCAUUAGGGGCCGGGUAUCUUCUGUCACAAUCGUUUGUAUUUGUUGCAGGAGUGCUUUCAGCAUCCCAGAGCGCGGCUGGAGCACAGCCAGGACAUGCAGCUGUGAGCGCUGCAGAGGACAGGGAGAUGGGGAUGGGAUGGCACAGUGUUAAUCACAAUGCAGUGAGAGCCCAUCCAGGGCUGUCAGUGUACGGAGCGUGCGUGUACAGAGCCUCAGGGAUGCUCUGAGGCCUCCUGGGCUCUGGAGAGCUGUUAGAGCAGCUCUGGCAGCCGCUGUGAUUUACAGAAGCUCCUCAGCAGCUGCCUGGGCUGUCAAGGGACACGAUGUUCCCACUUUGCUCCCUGUCCCCUUGCAAAGCCCUUUACCUCCCAACCUCAGCAUCUUGCCAGAGACUGCAAAGAGGGUGCAGCAGAGAACCUGCAAUCUAAGGACAAGCUGGAGAUGGAAGGAAAUCCCAGGGGAUUCCUUUUCCUCCUCUCCGUGACCUUGCUCACCAGCAUCCCACAGCCAGCCCUCCUCCUCCUCCUUCACGUGAACUCUCCAGGGGCCACCCUGCACACCCAGUGAGGGCUCCUGGGGACAAGAUGAUACACAGCCCAUCUCCAUCCCAGCCACUAGUGAGGAGAGCAGAAGUAUAAAUGGAAGAAAUUGCUGGGGUGGGAGGAUGCGCCGUCCUGCUCCACACAGCCUGGUCUGCAGCAGUGCCAUGAGGAUAACGUGCUGUCCUACCCGCUCCCACUUCCCCUCUGCCUGGGAUCGGGUUAGCAUAGAGCCCUUGCUGCUGGGCUGCAGGAUGAAAUAUUUGGAGAACUAAUAAGCAGUGGGGCACUGCGAGGGGAGGUGGAAAUUGAACCAGUUUUUCUCUUCCCUCACACGGUUGUAUGAGAGUCGAGAGGCAGAAGGGAGCAAAGAAAAACCCCAAAAUGGCACCUCAAGCCAAGAGGAACAUCUGCGAGGAGCUGGUGUGGGUGGCACUGCUUUCACUGGGCAGUACUGUGUGAGUGGGAGCUCCACACCUGGAGAUGGCCCACGGUCCAGAGGAGCCCAGAGUUGUGGCCAUCGCCGUCUGGGCUGGGGGUCCUCACAAACCUGCGGGCUUAUUUUUAUUCCCCGCUUCAUCUAGAGAGGGGAAAGGUUAGGGGAACACGCAGACAUCCAUUAAAUCCCGUCUGUGCUGUGGCAGUGAUGGGCUGGGGGAGAGCCUGUGGUCGCUGGAAGGUCUCCAGACAGCGUCCGGCUGGAAGGCUUCUGACAACUGAC